AUACCAAUAUGGCGAAAUUUUCAUUCAUGUCAUUUUUGCUGUGAUGUUCUUUCGUUGUGUAAAAUAUUCUCAAAUUAUAACAUUAAUAUAAUGGCUGACACCGGCUUACGUAUGAAUUUUGCUGCGUUAAAAAGGGCAGAUCCUUAUGCCAAGGAAAUAAUCGACAGUGCAUCACACGUAGCAUUGUAUACGUUUGAAGAAAAUGAAUGGGAGAAAACGAACAUCGAAGGAGCUUUGUUUGUGUAUAGCAGAAAUGGGGAACCAUAUCACAGUCUGGUAAUUAUGAACAGAUUGAAUACAAACAAUCUGAUCGAGCCAGUAUCGAAGGGCUUAGAAUUACAACUGAAGGAACCUUUCCUGUUGUAUAGAAAUGCCAAGUGUCGUAUUUACGGCAUAUGGUUCUAUGACAAAGACGAGUGCGUCAGGGUAGCGACAAAAUUGAACUGCAUUGUGAAGGAUUCGGUCAGCACGAAAGGCCCCGGUGAUAGCGUGGCCGCGGCGCCGGCGUACAGCGCCCCGGCGACGUCGGCCGGCGUCGACAUCUUCAGCAUGCUGAGCAAGGCGCAGGAUGACUACAACUCCAACAAGGGCGGGCCGGGCGGCAAGCAGGACGCCGCGCGGGCCCCGGACAUGACGUCACAGAGCGUCAUGGACUUCUUUGCUAAAGCAGGCGGGGGAGGAGCUGCUGCCCAGAUGCCGGCGGUCUCCUCGCUGCCGUCGCCCGGGAUCUUCGGCCCCCGGCCAGCCGACACGCGCGAGGGACCAAUGCUCCUGCAGAGACUCAUGAGCAACCCCGCCCACUCGGUAGAGCACAUCGAGAAGCAGCAGCGGUCCAUCACCCCGCAGGAGCACUGUGCCAAUGGCAACAUAGCAUUAGAAGCUUCCAUGCGCCAAAAUUGUGGAUUUCCAUUGAAGUCAACACCCAUAGAAAAACAAAACCACGUUAACAACCAGCAGAGGGUAACUGGAAUUAAAAAGGGGGAUGGGCCAGAUACAAAUGGGCCUAUUAAUUUGGAACAUGAGCUUAACUUUAUGCACAUAUCUUCCCCAAAGCCCACCUCACCAUUGGCUAGCUACUUGAGUCAAUCUCAGGAAAUAAACCACUCGGUAAGCACUUAUAAUGGUAGCAAGGUUUUGGAAGAGAAAGGAUUAUUCCCAAUGUUGAACAACACACUGGGCACUCCGCAGAAGCCAGCUCUCAUGCCUCCAACAAUGUUCACGGCGAGCACGGGACCUGAGCCCAGCUCCCCGGAGCCUCUCACAAGGAAUCAGCUCCUCCAGGCCUUCAACUAUCUUCUCAAGCAUGACGCCGACUUUGUGAACAAACUGCAUGAGGCCUAUGUGAAAUCUUUCUCAGAAAAAGCAUUUUCUGUGUCAUAAACUUCAUUCUUUAGGUAGGCAUGUGACUCACUCACUUACAUCAUGUACAGUUGUAAUUUGAAGUAUAAAUCCAUUCAAAAAAUGUUGUGUAGUCCUUCUUCUAGGUUUAUAGAUAGUUGAACAUAGUUUCAGAUAGUUUGGACAUAAUGUUUUAAAUAAGUUUUAACUUUGACUUGGUCAUUGAACUCUAUAUAGGGAAUGAAUUUUAGUGUCUACAUUCUCUAGUUAUGAUGAUUAUAAUGUAAAAUUACUAUUUUCUGGAAAGGCUGUUUGUGAUAGUUAUAUUUUUGCCUCAGCUUCUGAUAACACUUGACUGGGACGGCUGAACUUGCAUCAUUUCUUUAGAUGUGUUAUGUUAUAGUUCAUUGCAAUUGUGCGAUGUGAGUGUCGCCAAAAAAAGAAUUUAAAUGACAAUACUUUUAUUUUUAAAGGUAUUUUAUCUCCUAGAGAUAUGAAGAAAGUUUUAUGUGCACAUUUUUGUUUCCUGCUGUCGACAUUUUGAGAUAAGGAUAUAAUUUUGAAAAAGGACAUUGCUUUAAUAGUAGUAGGACUGCAAUAAUUUGCUAAAGGUUUACAAGAGUUAUCAUUUCCUAUUCACAUAUGAAUACGCUUGUAGUAUAUGUAUAAUUUUUGUAAGUUGUAAUGUUUCUAAUUUUUAUUUGAUUUAAAAUCUGUCUUUGUUCAAAAAACUUCAUAAUUUGUAUAGCACUGAGAUAAAGAAUUGCCACAAAAAUAUAUUUCUUAUUACGGCAAACUUGUAUGAAACAAUUACGUAUUUGAUGUUGAUUUGUUAAAUAAGUUGGUACUUUACGAAACUGUGUUACGACUUUACACAUGAAAUCUUUAGUGGUCUUGUAUUUAUUUUUCUGUAGUACUUGGCACAGUAAUAAGUGUUGUAAUUCUAUUGAACUUCUGCCAGUCUGAUUAUAUAAUACCUACUAUAAAAUUAUCUUUAUUUCUUAAGCUCUACUCAUUUGGCUGGAGCUGAAUAAUUGAUUUUAGUGACUUUCUAAUAAUUUACAGGAAAUAUUGUAUUAGGAGCCAGCCUUUCUAUUCAAGAUAUUUUUUUAAUUGUUUUUGUACUUUCCUUGCCUUUUAAUUAAGAAGGGGAGUAUCUAUAAAACAAUAGGAUGAUCUACAUAAAAUAAGGUCUUCAUAUAAUACAUCUAAAGUUGAUUAGCUAAGCAAUUUAACAUUGACUUUUGUAAAUGUUUUUAUGCAAUUUGUGAUGAGAGCAUUUAUCCAUUUGGAAUACAAUUUGACAAAACAUAAUUUUAAUUAUAAAUUAUUGCACAAAAAGACAAUAGUGACAUACUUUGGCCUACUAUUUAUUAAGUUGAAUAUGAUGCAUUUAUAACUAAAUAUUUCAAUGGAUAACUGCUCUUAAUUUCAUUAAAAAAAUGAUUGACAUGCUCAUGCUACAAGUAUUUUUUAGUCUGUAUACCCGUGAUAAUUUGAAUUAGUUUCGACAGUGUUGGUUAUUAUGAUUGUGUCUAAAUUCCUUUAAAUUAAACAGUCCAUGAAAUAUU